AUGAUUGGCGAAAAUAGAAAUACUACAACAACUUCUAGUCGAAAUAAGCCAGCAAAGAAAAGUCCAUUUGAAUUCAAUAAGUCCAAAAAAGUGAUUGAAGUGCCUCGAGUUUCCCAAAGAAGUUCGUUUGGAUCUAGAAAAUCAAAAAAAGUGUUUGAAGUGGCUCAAGGUUCCAAGGGAAAUCAAAAUAGUCCAGUUGGAUAUGAUAAUGCAGAAAAAAUGACUGAAGUGUAUCGAGAUGUUCAGAGAAGUCUAUUAAAGUCUAAAAAGGCUAAAAAAGUAAUUGAAGUGGCUGAAGAUGCUACGAAAAAUGAAACUAGUCCAUGUGAAUAUGAUAGGACAACCAAGGUGAGGGGAACAAACAUUUGUAAGAAAGUUUUGCGAUUAAGACCUCGAGAAAAGUUAAAAGUUACUUUCUAUCAAAAUCAUGUCGUUGGGCCGAAUGACACCUCAUUUACAAGACACUUGGGUUUGCUAGUUUGUGAUCGUAAUAUGUGCCCAUUGCGGGUACACUCAUGGAUGGAUAUCGAAGAGCACAAGCUUGAGCAUAUGUGGGAAACUGUUACAGGAGGCAAAGAUGGUAAUCCACCAAACAUGGCAACUAUCUUCUUUGAGACUCGUAAAAAGGGAAAUGAGCUUGUCGAACCCGAAUCCAAUGAAAAUAUGUAUGCUGAAAUUCAAGAGCUUGUACAAUCUGAACCAUCUCUUACUAAUAUUGAGGUAGUGGAACAGUGCUUUGUACCUCAAUGCAAAAGUCAUGCAGUUGGAUUUGGUGGUGGGAUAACCACUAAGGAGUUGAAAGGUGGUAGUACUUCUAAGGCUGCAUUGUUGGAAGAACUGAAAACAACUCGAAAAGAAAAGGAAUCACUACAAAAGUAUAUUGAUAUUCUAGAGAGUAAAUAUGAUCGCCUUGAAAGUAUAGUGGUUCGUCAGCAUCCAUCACCUCCACCAGGUUAG